AGUGUGGUAAGUCUCCCUUUGACUUGGUAUUUGUAAAAAAUAAUAUUAAACACUUCAAUCAGAUCUGACCUUUACAAUAAUAAUAUUAAUCACAAUUAAAUAAACAAAAACAAAUUAUAAAUGUCUUCCAGAUUAAUCAGUUUUGGGAACACACAUUUCAGUGUAGAUUUGCACCACCUCCAGCAGGUUGGGUGGAAGCUGGAGGAGAAUUAUGCACUGGACAGGAAGUUAUAGAGAAUGUGGAGAAUGAGUUAUUUGAUGUUUCAGACCUCAGGCCAGAGUAUAAUGUGUAUAAGGCUGUGUACGCUCUGGCAUAUGCUCUUGAUGACAUGCUGCAGUGUGAGCCAGGGAGAGGACCUUUCAGCAACAACACCUGUGCUCAUUUACAAAGACUGGAGCCAUGGCAGGUGAGAUAUCAGUUUACACUCAACUCUUAACUUCAUUUAAUCCUUUGUAUUUCUUUUAAGGUUGAAUGAAGUUAAUACACUAAUAAAUGAAAACAUCUCACUUUCCCAAUACAGCUAGGAGAUAGUGGAUUGCAAUAUCAGGACAAGGUAUAAGUAUAUAAUUGUCAUGUGAUGUCACUUGGAGGAAGGAAAUUAUUUGAUGGAAUUAUUAUUUUUUUUUUUUUUAAAGGUUCAUGCUGCAAUAAUUAGUUUAAUAUGUAUUUGUCUGUACUGCUGUGUUCACAAAUAUACUGUCACAAAAAUAUUUUAUCAUACAAUUUAAAGAGUCUUUUAUUUCAGAAUGAGUACGAACUGAGGCCAGAGGCAUUGUUUUCAAGUUGUCAGUCAGUAAUCUUUGACAAAUCCUGUCAACUUUGGGACAAACAGUCACUUUUUUGUUCUUAAUUCCUUUUGUGUCUGAUUCUAUUAUCCAAAGGUUGUGCAUUACUUGGAAAAAGUUAACUUCACCACAACAUUUGGUGAUCAAGUAUCAUUUGAUGAGAAUGGUGACUCCAUACCAAUAUAUGACAUCAUAAAUUGGGUGUGGCUCCCUAAUGGAAGAACUAACGUUCAGAGAGUGGGUGAGUUUAAGAGGUCAGCCUUCAAAGGUGAAGAACUCACACUGGAUGAAGACAAAAUCUUCUGGAACUUUGAAUCCAAACAGGUUCAUUCUUAAUUUUAUUUAAAAUAUUAUAAUGUCUCUUUCCCCCACUCACUGGGCUGGAGUCUUAUUUUCCCUCUGAUACCACAGAGGUUUGCUAUGGUCCAUCUGACAUGAAUGAUGUCAUCCACCCAUGCGUGUGAUGGCACUGACAAAUCCUACAUGGACAUAAAUGUACACUCCAACACUUUUUGGCUGCACUGCACUCGCUACACUACAUUUUCAAGGUUUAUUUAACACAAUACUUUCAAGUCUAGUUGGUGGGACCCUCUUGUUUUGGUUGAAGAAGUGACAUCAAUGAAGACAAUAAGUAUGGACUCUUGCCUGGAGAAUAAUUGGUGAUACUAUCACUUGCACAAAGACUGCAAAAACAAACAAAUAGGGCUGAUCUCUUGGUGAGAAACCACUGAUUUUGUGAGGUGAUAUGUUUGAACAGAAGAUUACACACAUUGUUGUAAAUGUAAUCUUUGCCAUGGAGGCGUAAACGGAAAUCCAUAGCAACUCUCUGCGGACACAGAACAGUAUGAAGUGGCUAUAAAGCUAUGAAAACGGUUUUAUGUUUCUGCACACAGCCCCCUCGGUCAGUGUGCAGUGAAAGCUGUCAUCCAGGUACCCGCAUGGCCACAAAGAAAGGAGAACCUGAGUGUUGUUUUGACUGUGUCCCUUGUUCUGAGGGAAAGAUCAGCAAUACAACUGACUCCAUGGAGUGCACCAGUUGUCCAGAGGAUUUCUGGUCCAGCCCCCAGCGUGACCACUGUGUUCCUAAAAAAACAGAGUUCCUCUCCUACCAUGAGCCUCUGGGUAUCUGCUUGACAACCACCUCACUGUUGGGCACAUUUAUCUGUGUUGUUGUUCUGGGCAUCUUCAUCCAUCAUCACAGCACACCUAUAGUUCGUGCCAACAAUUCAGAACUCAGUUUUCUUCUCUUGGUGUCGCUCAAAUUGUGUUUCUUGUGUUCAUUGCUCUUCAUUGGACGACCCAGAUUAUGGACUUGCCAACUAAGACAUGCAGCAUUUGGCAUCAGCUUUGUGCUUUGUGUCUCAUGUAUCCUGGUGAAAACCAUGGUGGUUCUGGCUGUGUUCAGGGCCUCCAAACCAGGAGGUGAGUCCAGUCUGAAGUGGUUUGGUGCUGUGCAGCAGAGAGGGACAGUUCUGGUUCUGACCUCUAUUCAAGCAGCAAUCUGCACUGUCUGGCUUGUCUCUGCUUCACCAAUGCCUCAUAAAAACACCCAGUAUCACAGUGACAAGAUAGUUUAUGAGUGUAUAGUUGGGUCCACAGUUGGUUUUGCAGUUUUACUUGGUUAUAUUGGUUUACUGGCUGUCCUCAGUUGUUUAUUAGCUUUUCUUGCAAAAAAUCUUCCAGACAGUUUCAAUGAGGCCAAACAUAUCACUUUCAGCAUGCUGAUCUUCUGUGCAGUGUGGGUGGCCUUUGUCCCUGCUUACAUCAGCUCACCAGGCAAAUAUGCAGAUGCAGUAGAGGUAUUUGCCAUCCUUGCCUCCAGUUUUGGCCUCUUGGUGGCGCUGUUUGGACCCAAAUGUUAUAUAAUCCUGUUGAGACCAGAACAAAACACAAAAAAAGCUAUCAUGAGUCGUGGCACCACAAAGUAAAACUGGGAACACGGUUGUCUCUCUGUCUAUCCUCUGUAUUUUAGAAUUGAGUGGUACUUAUAAGAUCACAAUACAGGCAAUAAAAUGAUUAAAACACAUAAAAAAUACUAGCCAUCUUUUUAAAGUCAGUAUAUAUAGACCUGCAAAUGUGGGUCCACAGUUUGAAAUAGACAUGUAGUCUUCAGCUUAAACAGAAGGUUAAGUGUUUUGUUUUCCACCUUGGUAACUUUGGACAAAUGUUAACUCCUUAUGUGGUCGGUACAAUAGCUGAGGGGCCACACGGUGGUGUAGU